AUGAUUGCCUUGCCAGAAGAUAAGGCAGUUAAAAAGCCCAUAUGGCAAAGACAUAGAGCCUUCCUUAGCGGAAUAGUUGCUCUUAUAAUCAUCGGUACUUUUUUCCUCACCUCAGGUCUUCAUCCACUCCCACCAUCACCCCAUGGGCAUAAGCCGCCACACGGGGGCAAGGGCGACCGUCACAAGCCCAGAUGUGAGAAGAUUGACGCCUUAAGUCCUUCAUUUAACCGUUCCAUUGACACAAUUCUUCAUGACUCUGCUUUUAGAAACAGCUCCAUUAAAAAAUUGUCCGACGCUGUUAGAAUCCCUACUGUAGUCCAGGACAAAAACCCUCAGCCUGCAGACGAUCCGGACUACUAUAAACACUUUUAUGAACUACAUGAUUAUUUCAACGAGACCUUCCCCCAUGUGAACAAGCAUUUGAAACUGGAGAAGAUCAACGAAUUGGGCCUUCUUUACACGUGGGAGGGCUCUGACCCUGAGUUGAAACCGCUAUUGCUAAUGGCCCAUCAGGAUGUUGUCCCCGUGAACAACGAAACUUUAUCAUCCUGGAAUUUCCCCCCAUUCUCCGGUCAUUACGAUCCAGAGACUGAUUUCGUUUGGGGCCGUGGCUCUAACGAUUGUAAGAACCUGUUGAUUGCUGAAUUUGAAGCCGUCGAGCAACUAUUGAUUGACGGGUUCAAACCAAACAGAACUGUCAUACUGUCUCUAGGUUUCGACGAAGAAGCUAGUGGUAUCCUCGGUGCUGCCAACCUAGCCUCAUUUCUUCAUGAAAGAUAUGGCGAUGAUGGUAUUUACAGUAUUAUUGAUGAAGGUGAAGGUAUUAUGGAAGUCGAUAAAGAUGUCUUUGUUGCCACUCCAAUCAACACUGAAAAAGGCUAUGUCGACUUCGAAAUUAGUAUUUUAGGUCACGGUGGCCAUUCCUCUGUGCCCCCUGAUCAUACUACAAUUGGUAUCGCUUCGGAAUUAAUUUCUAAUUUUGAGGCGAACCCAUUUGACUAUGAAUUUGAGUUUGACAAUCCAAUCUAUGGCUUGCUAACAUGUGCUGCAGAACAUUCGAAGUCCUUAAGCAAGRACUUGAAGAAAACAAUUUUAGGUGCACCAUUCUGUCCCAGAAGAAAGGACAAGCUUGUUGAUUUCAUUUCCGAGCAAAACCAUUUACGUAAUUUGAUAAGAACCACGCAAGCUGUAGAUAUCAUCAAUGGAGGUGUUAAAGCCAAUGCCCUACCUGAAACAACCAGAUUCUUGAUCAAUCACAGAGUCAAUUUACACUCUUCCGUGUCUGAAGUCUUUGCAAGAAACAUGGAAUACGCCAAGAAGAUCGCCAAGAAAUACGGUUAUGGAUUAUCAAAGAAUGGCGAUGAUUUCAUUAUCCCUGAAACCGACUUGGGCCACAUUGACGUUACUGUUUUAAGAGAAUUGGAGCCAGCACCAUUUUCACCAAAUUCAGGCCCUGUUUGGGAUGUCUUGGCAGGUACCAUUCAAAAUGUCUUUGAAAAUGGUGUCUUACAAAACGAUGAAGAAUUCUAUGUCACCACUGGUUUAUUCUCUGGUAACACAGACACCAAAUACUAUUGGAAUUUGUCCAAGAACAUUUAUAGGUUUGUUGGUUCCAUUAUCGAUAUUGAUUUACUGAAGACUUUACAUUCCGUUAACGAACACGUAGAUGUGCCAGGCCAUUUAUCCGCCAUUGCCUUCGUUUACGAAUACAUCGUCAAUGUUAAUGAAUAUGCUUAA